AUGAAAGUAGAGGUUAUUCCCAACCUUUACAUGUCAUCGUUACUACUAUCCAUUGGCAUGUGUGUCUUCAUGCAUGUCCUGUGGAUGGCCAGUAUGACCCAUGCACAAUCCUCGUGUCCUCACCUGGAUUCAGGGCUUAUCAAAUUCUCAACUCUCCCCAAUUACAAUGUGCUGAAUGCAGAUUUGACUAUUACUCAACGAACACUUGUGGACAAGUCUCCUGGUGUGAAAUUGAGAGCCAUUCAGGUCUUGAGCGGUGCUUCCCUUGUAUUCAAUGAUGUGGCUGAUAUCGCUCUUGAUGUUGAAUGGAUUCGAGUGGCGUCUGGUGCUUCCUUCAUUAUGGGUUCUCCUUCAUGUCCAAUCCAACACAAAAUUGUGGUCACGUUUUAUGGUAACCGAACAGCAGACGACGUGAUUGGAGUGGAUCCAUAUGAUAACACACCUGGUGGUUCUAAGGGAAUUGUCUUUCAAAGUGGAUCUAUGGUUCAAAUCCAUGGACAAGUUCCAACACCUACAUGGACAUUCCUGGCAAAGACUGUCAAGGACGGAGAGAAUGUGAUCAAGUUAACCGAAAAGACCUCAUGGAAAGUAGGAGACUCUCUCGUGAUCGCCAAUACAGAUUAUGGAGAGUUGGUAGAGACUAGAAAGGUGCCAUACUCUGAAGGUUUAGGUUGGAUGAAUGGCGUUCCUUUUCCUGCUCAAACUGAAGAGAGAACAGUGGUGAGCGUUCUGGAUGGUGGUUCAACGCUCGUGUUAAACAAACCUCUGAAUUACACUCAUUGGGGUAAUGCUCACAUGAAAGCUGAAGUUGGAGUUUUGAAUCGAAAUAUUGUGUUUCAGGGAGAUGUCAACUCGGUGAAAGAUUCAUUUGGUGGUCACAUGAUGAUUCGUGUCGUUGAAAAAGCAACCUUAGAAGGUAUUGAAAUGACACGAAUGGGUCAAAGAGGUUUCAUGGGAAGAUAUGCCAUCCAUUGGCACAUCCUUGGCGAUAAAGCUCCAGAAAAUGAUUCGUAUUAUAUCAAGCCGUCCGUAGUUCAUCAUGGUUUCCAGAGAUGUGUGGUCAUUCAUGACUCGAAUAAUAUUUUGAUUCAAGGAAAUGUAUGCUACAAGAAUGUGGGACAUCAAUUCUUUUUAGAAGAUGGUGGUGAAAUGGGAAACAAAUUCAUCAAAAAUUUGGGUAUUGAUCCGAUUGCUGUUGGUAAUAACGAUCCAACUCAGAUCCUCCCCUCUGACGCAGAUGUGAGCGUAUUUUGGAUUACUAAUCCAAAUAAUACAUGGAUUGGAAAUAGUGCCGUUGGUUCAAAGUUCAAUUAUUGGUUUUCAAUGCCAUUAAAACCAACGGGAUUGAGUUCCUCGAAAUAUGCCAAUAAUCCACUCAUGACUCCAAGAACCAUUCCUUUGAAAGUAUUCGAAGAUAACAUUGCUCACAGCGGAAAUCAAAAUGGUAUUCAUAUCGAUGAUAUGGUCAUGCCAAAUGGUAAGACUGAAGCAGCCUUGUAUCGACCUGCAGAUCCCUUUGGAAAGCCGGUCGUGGCUUAUUUCAAACGUGUAAUUUCGUAUAAGAAUCGAAGAUAUGGAAUUUGGUCCGAAGGAGGUCCAGUGUUGUUUUCAAACAUUAUAGCUAGUGAUAAUAGAAUUCAAAUGGGAUGUCCACCAGGACCUGUUGGAAUUUUCGAUUCAACCUUAAUUGGCGAUUCAGAAAAUGUUGGAGAUUUGAAAUCCAUGCGUCCAGGACUUGAUACAGAUGGUAGAACACGAUCCAUUCCAUAUGCCAUGGCAGAUCAAAUCACCAAAGGAUUUGAGACCUAUGAUAAUGGUGGUCCACAAGUUCUCGACUCGAUUACUUUUAUCAAUUUUACUUCGACUCCAAGCAUGCCAGCUGGUGCUUUGGGUGCGUUAUCGAAUGCUCCUUUCAAACAUGAAUCAAGAAAUCGUUAUCAAAAUUUAAAGUUCAUCAAUGCCAAUGAAUUUUUCUUACUGAAUGGAGAUUACGAUGGUAAUAAGGGUUCGGUCAUUCUCGUGACUGAUAAUUCUAUCAAAUCUGUGGAUCCUGUGAAAUUCAAAUCAGGUGGUUGGCUCAUUAGUAAUGAUUCGGUUGUUGCUUUUAAAGAGUGUAUUUUCAAACAGGAAUGGCAAGGAGGAAUGUGUCCUCUCUUUGCUGAAGGAUACUCUCAAAUUGUGACUGUGAAUCCAAAUAUUACCGGAAGUGAUACCACCGGUUCCAAUGGUGUGCCUUAUCCUGACGUUGCAGAUCCAUUGAAGAGAGUUCCUAGAAUUCGAUAUAUUGACAUGGUGAGAAACAGAGAGACUGUUGGCAAUGGUGCUUCGAUCAGUCGCUCGAAUGGAGUCAUUGAGUUCAUUAUGGAUGUAAAUUUAAUUAAUAGAGGAUUUUAUACAGUGAGAUGGGUCCAUAAUACACCAACUCCAAGAGCGCUCAAGUUUAUUCAUCAAGGAACAGCCCUCAAUGACUGGCUGGUCAUGUCCGUGCAAUACGCAAAAGGAACAACUUUCACCAUAACAAAAUCAAGAUUUGGUAACCCCACCACAAUGCAAAAAGGAAAUUCCAUGGAAGAGAUCAUGAAUGACCCAAUGAAGUAUUUCUUUGAUGAAAAGUCAGAGCAUUUAUUCAUCAAAAUGCAAAAUAGACCUGAUUAUGGAAAAUAUUAUAGAGAAAAUUGGAAUUUCACAGAUCCAAUUUCUGAUUUUUCACAAGUGACGAUUGAUGCCUCAUGUCCCAAUGAUAAGUGUUCUCCAUCCUCAUUCGAGCUUCCACCAAAUGCAAACCUCUUCCAUAAGAUGUACAACAAGGAAGAGCGUUAUGCUGGAAUUCUUCAAAGCUGUCAGCAAUCAUUAGUCUCUCCUGUGAAAUUCGUACCAAAACAAGGAAGUGGUGUAGUCUUUGCCUUCACAUCACCAGAUCGAUUACAAAUGGAUUUUGUCGUGCAUCACGACUUGGUAGGAACUGCCACAGAAAUUGAGGUUGGAUUUGGAAAUGAAGGUCAAGAAAAGCGCUUCCUUAAAGUCCCAUACUACAUCUCGCCUCAUUCAGUGGCAAGAUUCAUUGUGGAUUUGAGUUACAAUGAUUAUUUAAGCUUGUUGAGAGGAGAAAUGUUUGUUAAAGUGUCUUCUCUUGCAAAUCCAAAUGGCCAUUUGAGAGCUCAGGUGUUGUGUAAUAAUGGAAAGACAAACGGAUGUUCUCUUCCAUCACCCAUCGCUAAAGUAGAUAUGUGUGCUGCUGUAUCGAGCCCAACCAUUGAUGUCUAUACAGAUUUUGAGAAAACAAAAUCCCUUUGGACCUAUUCUGUCUUUAGCCAUGCUCUAGAUUCGAGAACUGCGUAUUUAAAUUCUUCUCAUGUCCAUGCAGAUGGUUGUGGAACUUCAUCCUUACGAGUUGGAUUCCAAAACGGUGCUGUUGCUAUGAAUCGUGUGGAUAAGAAUGCAGCACGAGUGGAUUUAACACAGUACAAGUAUUUGGAAUUUUAUGUGAAAUCAUUGACAGGGGCUGUCAAAUUAGUGCUUUAUCCAUCAGAGACAGUGAACAAUGCCGUUGUCGAUUUACCCUCGUAUCCAAUUCAGCCAAGGCACAUUGACAAUUAUGUGAUUGAUGACACUCGUUUUUCAAGAGUUCGAAUUCCGCUUGCAGAACUUGCCACUACUUCCAAACUCGAAGCCAAUAUCACAAGAUUGUUGUUCAAAUUGGCAUCGACUCAUACCUCAAACUUUUACGAAAUGAUUUUCGAGAAUAUUCGUUUCAUUAAGGAAGCUGGCUCCCCAGAACCUACCCACAUUCCAAUCACCUCAAAUGAAAUUGCAUACUUGACUGAUUCGACAUUUUGUGGAUCCAAAGUGUCUCAAGAUCCAGACUAUGAUCCAUUUGGAAUGAGAACUGCUGUGUUACCUCCAGAAUUGAGUUCUUCUUCACCUCUGCCACCUGUUGAACCUUCACGUAGUAUGGCUCAUAAUAGAACUGUCUCGAGUGGAAAUGCAAAACUUUCUCAUGGAUGUCGGCAACGAACUUGCCCAACGCUAGCUCUCAUUUAA